AUUUUGCUCAAAACACAAUUUUAGUAAAAGCCCAACAUUAGACUUUCUCUAGAGAGCUUUGCAAAGGCCCACCAAACUGUGCUCAGACAGAAACCAUUGUGGUUCGAAAAGACUAUUCUACAGACAGCCAUUGAUUUGCUUUCUCCUCUAAUUCCUCUCGUCACGUUCUCCACUUUUAGGGAUAUUAAUUCUACGCUCACCAAGAUCUUCAAUUGCCUGCCUCUCUCUCUCUAGAUUUCUUGAUGGUAAAAGCAUAUAAACAAGAGCAUGUCUACAAGCAUCCGUGGGAGCGGGUGAGUGCUGCCUCAUGGAGGAAGUUUUCUGACCCUGAAAACAAACGCAUCCUUUCUCAUAUCCUUGAAGUCGACACCUUGAACCGCAAACUUGACACUGACACCGGUAAACUCCACACCACACGUGCUCUCACCAUCCAUGCUCCUGGUCCAUGGUUCCUUCACAGGAUCAUUGGCCAAGACAUCUGUCACUGUGUUGAAUCUACUGUUGUCGAUGGCAAAUCACGUUCCAUGCAGCUUACAACAAAGAACAUUAGUCUGAAAAAAUUCAUUGAGGUGGAGGAGAGGAUAAGAUACGAUCCUCAUCCAGAAAAUCCAUCGGCCUGGACGGUUUGUAGCCAGGAGACAAGCAUUCGGAUCAAACCCUUGUCGGCUCUGGCCUCAAUGGCUGAGAAAGUUGAGCAGAAGUGCGCCGAGAAGUUCAUGCAAAAUAGCGUGAAAGGGCGAGAGGUUAUGGAGAGGAUUUGUAGGUAUAUGGAAGCAGAGUCCGCUCCAGUCUAA